CGUAGAGGGCCGCCUGCGAGAUGGCAGGCGGCGGCGCUGCGAUCGCCGUUGUUCGGUGUAGCUCUUGUUGCUCUCGUUUUCCCAGGCGGAAUCCGCAUCGCACGUCGCUGUUUUCUGUUGUGUUUUUGGGGCCGUGACCGGGACGGAAAAACAUGCCGUUUCGAUAAUUGUCGCGAGCCAGGGGCGAGCCGUGUGCGUGCGAGUGUCGUGUUCCGUGCCGUGAUUGCUCGCGCGCGCGCGCGCGCGCGUGUCCCGAACGUCGUGUGUCCCGUGCGCAUUGUGCCGCGUGCCGCGUGCAGGUGUAAUUUAAUAAGCGCAGGCUGGGGUGGCAGGCUGGCUGGCUGGCUGGCGAUUUAACAGGAUAUCGAUUUGUCUGCUGGUGGCGGCGGCGGCGAGCGUAGUGCCGCCGCUGUGUUGUGCCGCUGGCUCCGCAUUGGCAGCGCACACACCGUCGCGUCGUUACGGCCGUCAGGCGUGUUACGGGGCAGCCAUGGACGUCGAUAUUUUUGGGGCACAGCAGUCUGGUGGUAGGUCGGCGGUUGUAACGUGUGCGUGCGUGCCCGCGUCGUGUCUGAUAAGCGACGAGAUGUGACGCGAGGGUCGUCCCGGCGAUUAUUCCCCCGUUUCACGUCACGCGUCACACGCAGAGAGGAGCGGCCGGAACGGACGGCUGAGAGGCGCACGGACGAAGGCAGAGACACGGCGUAAAACACACGACGUUGCGACGUUGCGGUGCGGAAUCGGAUCGGAUCGUGCUAGACUGGAUCGGACUAGAGCGGGGACGGCGGAUGCCUGGUGCACGGGAUCGUCCGUUAGUCGUUCAUCGUGUCGUCGGCUCGACGUAGAGCAGCGGUCUUCCUGAAAGCUGCCAGCUUGUUACUCGCUACGUGUAUAAAGGAGCAACUGGUGCAACGAUGGAGCUGAACGGCGCAGGGGCGCCCGGUGUCGGGGCCGUGGCUUGUCCUGUGUGCACCUUGUACCUACGUGAAGGCAUCAGUCUACAGAAGCAUCUGGACACACAUCCCAAGGAGCAAGUAAUAGAUGCUCUCAUCAAAGCCAGUUCCUCCUCAUUGCAUCCGUAUCAACAGUAUCAACAACAACAGCAGCAGCAGCAACAGACUCCAUCGACAGUGUCCACACCACCAUUAGUACCGCUGCCACAAGCUGCACCUCAGGGUCACGCUACCAUACAGACGCCUCAGGCGUCAUCCCAGGUAUCGCAAAAUGCACAUAUCCCUGCUCAUUCUCCGUACCCCAUAGGACCCAUCUUUGAGUGCCCGCCUAUAAGCACAAUGAUGCCGCCGCAGUUUACUUCGUUUAGUUAUCAGCAGUUUGUGAACAACGGGACCAUGAUGAUACCACAGGCAUACGCUAUGGCGCCACAGAAUAAUCAGAUGAUGCAGAUGUUAUACAGUCCGUACGGUAUGUACCAACAGCAACAGAUACCCACCGUCCAAAUGAUCUCACCAGUUACAGCUAUUCCUGGCGCGACUAGAAUCAGACCGAUGGCCACAAUGGCCACGGAGAGUAGCGUCAGAACGACCUUGGCGGUUCCUAUAAACAGUCCCGAACCGAAGCAGAUUCUACCUGAGAUUCUGCCGGAACCCGAGCCGGAGUCCGAGACCGGACAGGUCUUGUCGGACGUGAACAUACCAGCUUCCCCUCUGAUGGGAACUGUGGCGGACGAGGACGCGACGACCGUCAGACGAGAGGAGGCUGACGACAGCGCGCUGCAAAUGGAUCACAGAGUGCAGCAGACGCAAAGUUCGACGCCUCCCAGCGAGAGCACAGUGCAGCACGAGUACAAUAGCAUUCCUAGAUCCAUCGCGAUCACUUGCGCUAUAAACAAUAGCAGUGUAGACGAUAAAGUAGAGAUGGUGCUACCGGAUAUGCAGGACGAGGAAGAGGAGGAGGAAGAGGACGAGGAAGAGGAGUUGGAAAUUGUAGCCACGGACUUACAAUGUGAAACCGUGGCGUACGAGCAGCCGGAGACGCAGCAGUUCACGCAACAAGUUACGGAAGAGGAAUAUGUGAGCGACGACAAAGAAGUCGACAUGGCAGGCGACACGAUUGAUUCCAUGGCUUGCGAGCAUGAGAAUGCGGAAACAGCGAGCGGCGAGAGACCCGCGAGUUGCAGCCCCGUCAGCGAGAACGUUCCGCCGUCGCAGGAAGCUACGGAGGGAGACGAAGCGAAAGAACCUGUUCAACCCGAGGUGGAGCAAUUGGAGAAUCUUUUAAUAACUAUGAUGGAGACGGAGUUCAGCGGUACUUCGCAGAAAGAAGGUAACGGCCAAAAUGGCCAGGAGGAGAAGCCGGACGAGAAGGAGAAACCUACGGUGGACCGAAUGGAGAGUGUGAUUCACGACACGGUGAUGACGACUCUUGGCUGCCACGAGAAUGAUCAUAUAUUGCCCGACAUACAGGAGAACGAUACGGAGUGCCCGAACGAUUACGUAGAGAAUGAACUAGAUAAAGGCUACUCCUAUCGGCACAGGCACGUCAGAUCGGCACCGCCGUCUCCCGUCACGAGGAAGGAGCCUGUCUUCAGGGAAGAUACCGUCAGCUCCUUGCGCCACGGGACCUAUUUGGAGCGUCCGCGAGUCGGCUCGUGCGAUAAUCUCAUUUUGUAUCUUCGGGAGGAUGACGAGAAGAUAGACGAGGAGGACAACUUCGACGAGGCGGACAUGGAGAUCGAAGAGAUCCCCAGCCCGCAUACGCCUUUCGCGAGAUAUGGCAAUAACGCAGAAUGCGUCAGGUCGCAUACACCGUUGUCCGCGAUUAGUGGUAUAUCUGUAUUAAGAGUCAGGACGGAUCUCAGCAAGCCCUGUUCACCCGCGUCCGUGCACUCAUUCUGUCACGUGGAUAGUGAUAGCUUGAGCCACGACGAGGACAGUAACAACGGAGUAGAUAAUAAUAUCGUAGAGAAAGACCCAAUUGACUGUUCUCAGGUUGAAGAGAAAAUUAAGACUGAUCAUCAGCAGCAAGCGAUGAGCGCGGAGUGCGAAAGUACCGAGAAUGUCCAGGAGUCGAGUUACGUGUAUCAUCAUCAGUCGGUGAUAACCGAGCACGUCAGUUCGUUUCCUGUAAAUCAUUCUCAGCAACAGCAACAGCAGCAGCAGCCCGUCUUAACGCACGAGUCGUAUUCCAUGACCAGCUCCAAGACACACAGCCUGUUAAAUUUGUCCGAGUCGAUCAAUCCCACAACCAGUACCGAGUCCAAGAGCUUUCACUCCACCACCAAGUCACUGAUGCCGAAACAAUCGAUGGAGUUACUCAAUAUCAAUGAGGACGCUCACGCCGGGCCGAUCAAUGUUUUUGAAUUUGAAGGACUACAGAUAAUAGUUCCUAGUACAUUUAUAAGUGACUCGUCCCAGAAAGCAGUAAGUGCAACCAGCCAGCAGUCUAUGGCGAGCAGCGAGGGUGCAGUAGGUAUCGAUGAAGAAGUGAAGAGUAUCAACAUGCGAGCCGACGAAACCAUGCCGCCCAGAGGUGAAUUGUCGGAACAAGAGAGCAACGGAUGUACAGAGCAGUCUGCAUGGCAGCUGUACAUGGGACAAGAAUCCUCACGCAUGUCCACUUCUUACGACCUUCUGGCACGGGAAAGCUGGGAGGAAUCCGAAGGAUCCGACAACGAGAUCAGUGGGCCCCUACUGGACAGUAGAUCGUUGGCCACGCACUUCACGUCGAGUUUGUUUCUGGACCGGGAUCGGAAGACACCGACGAAACGGACGUUCAAGUGUUAUCAUUGUAGCGAGGUAUUCGAUUGUCCUAAGGAACGCAGAGUUCACAUGACUACGGUGCACAAGGGAGCGGUGCCUAGUAGCAGUAGGGAUCAGUUAGAACAGCCGGAGGUGAAGGACAUCAAGUUGCUCGACAAUCGGAUGAACGUGUUCGACGACAUAUUCGUGCCGGGUUUGCACGUGCAGCAGAUGUAUCAUCAGCAGCAGCCGCUGCUGCAUCAGCUUCAGCCGCCGCCGCCGUCGGACCUGGGCAAGGCGGAGGCCGGAGAUCAGAAGAUCGACAAUCUAGCGAUACCGUCGACCAUCGAGGUAACCUGCGCGAUAUGCAGCCAACGAUUUAACAGCGAGAAGUCCCUGCAGGUGCACCACAAGCGUAUGCACAUCGCCGAGGUGAACAAGCGUAUUCGCGAGAACGCCAAGUGUCAGAUAUGCAGCGAGGAGUUCCCGACGGUGUUCCUCUUCAACGCCCACCUGAAGAUACACCCACUGGAAUGCAGCCAGUGCGGCAAGUACUUCUACAGAAAGCAGAACUUCAAGCUCCACAUGAAGCGUCACCUCGGCAUCAAACCGUUCCCCUGUACCGUGUGCGACAAGGCGUUCCUGACUAAGCAGAAGCUGGACGAGCACACCAACGGGCACACCGGUAACGCCCCGGUCAAGUGUAGCCUGUGCAACGAAACCUUCCGUAGAUAUUCGAACUUAACGCAGCACAAGAACCGGCACCACCUCAACAUCAAGAAGAAGCUCAAGGACUACAUAUGCCACUGCGGCGAGGUGUUCCACACGAAGAAGAAGCUGGCCUGGCACAAGGAGACGCACGACGAGAAGCCGAAGGCGUGCACGUACUGUAACGAGAGAUUCAUUCACAUGGCCAGUCUCACGCGUCAUAUGCGUCGCGCCCACAACCGGCGAUUCGUGCCCGACGCUCAGCGCGAGAGCGAGAACGUCGAGUGUCCCAUAUGCAAGUGCAUCUACCUGCGCUCGUCGUUAGCGGUGCAUAUGCGCGUGCACAACGGCGAGCGACCGUACGAGUGUCAGGUAUGCUCCAAGGCGUUCAGCACCAAGUGGAACCUGCAGUUGCACAAGUGGACCCACGCGGCGCGCAGCACCAAGCCGUUCAAGUGUAAUCAGUGUAGCGCCGCGUUCUACCGUCACAGCGACUACACGGCGCACAUGAAUUCCCACCGCAACGUGCGACCGUACACGUGCAACUACUGCGGCGCUCAGUUCAUACGGAAGUACAACUGCCUGCGGCACGUGAAAGAGCACGAGGAGAACAAGGCGUACACGUGCGACGUGUGCAACAAGACCUUCCAUCGCUCGUACUAUCUGAAGGAGCACCUGCGCGUGCACUCGGGUGCGCGGCCGUACACGUGUCACAUCUGCGGCAAGACCAGCGGCACCAAGUCCAAUCACAACAAGCACGUUAGGAUUCACCACGCGCGCGAGCCUGUAAAUACCGAGAACUAAAGAAGGCGGACAUUAGACCCUUCGUCGCUCGCGCUCGCGAGAGUUCGGACCUCUCUUCCCUUGUUUUCUUCUUUACGUAGCUCGAGACACGUCGGACUCGGCGCGCUGUACUUACAGCGGUAAGCGGAUGUUCAGGACUGGAUGAUGAUGACGGGACUGUUUUCUCUUUGUAUCGGCCAGCAUGAUUGGCACCGCCCCGCGCGAUCUCGUCUCGACUCUUCAGGAGUCAGACAAUCGGAGUUGCGGAGAUCGUAAGCCCGAUCGUCAAUCGCUGUCUUUAAAUGGUAAUUCGAUUCAGCCUGAAUCACACAGAGGGAUCCGCUAACUCGUUCGCGAUCCGUGUUCCUGCUCGAAGUCGUAGGCAUAAUUACGAAAACGGGAAACAAAAUUUAGUUUAGAUUAGCGCUAAAUAGGUGGCGCAACUGGCCGUCGAUGUAAUCGAAUGCAGCUUUCAAUUGAGGUAACAAAUACACAUACACACACACAUACACGUGCGUGCAUUCGUCAGACGGGGAAGACGCAAUAGCGUGUACGUGUACACGCGCUGAUAACAAUGAAAAGAUUAAGUCACUGUAACGGUAUCCGUGUGCUGAGUCUGAAGCGCUGGGUCUACCGUCGGGAUUUUUAUUCGAUUUUCCACGAACAUUACGUUAUAUAUACGCGUCCGACGUUUUUAAUAUCAUCAUCCUGAAGCUACAUAUAAAUCUUUUAUAUAUCCAAAAGUGUCUUAUAAAUAGCAGCACUUUAAGCAUUACCGAUUUGCCAUACGUUGCAUGAUCCGAGAACAUGAUAUUGAUUCGUCGUUCGUGUGGUUUGAACAAGUUGUGUGCAAUACCAUUUUCUAAUGUGUGCCGACGAUCUCGAAUAACAAUUUCCCUCGUCGUUGAAACUCGCUACAUUCUUGAGUUCUCUGAUGUGUAUAAUUUUAUUGUAUAGAAUUGUAAUUUUUAUUACUCCUCAAUUAUUUGGAAAACUUCUAACUAAAAAUUACUUAGUAAGUCUGUCUACUAUUUUUUUUUUU